AUGACUACUUCAGCCAGCGAGGCGUCGUCAGACUCCGAGCCAGUCGACCUGUCGGCCACUCCGCAGUCGCUCGCGCGAGCUGUCCUUGCCCGCAGACGCGAGUACGUGCGGCCGCGCAAGCUGCGGGUCAAGAUUGGCACGUGGAACGUCGCCGCCUGUCCAGGCACCGACAAGGACUUGGCGAGUUGGUUUGUCGAAGGCCGCGACAUCGAUAAGAGCUUGGCUGCGCUCCAUCGCAAUAGCAACACCGCCGUCGAGCACACCAAGUCUGGCACCGUCGACGGCGACUCUGACUCGGUCGGCGGAGACGAUGUCGGGCUCUACGUCCUCGGGCUGCAAGAGGUGGUGGAUCUCAACGGGACGAGAGAGUACAUGAACCGAGCGGUCUACACUGACAACGGCCCCAUGCUGAAGUGGCAGGCGGCCGUGGAAGCCGUCAUGCCCUCCGGAUACGAGCUUGUAGUUGCCGAGCAGAUGACCGGAAUCCUCCUCCUCAUAUACGCGUCGCCCCAAGUCGCCCCGACCGUCAGCAACGUCAGCACAAAGCAGGUCGGCACGGGGCUCCUGGGCUAUUUCGGGAACAAGGGCGCUGUGACCACCCGUCUGGUCCUGGGCGAAACGACUCGCAUGGUCUUUGUCAACUGCCAUCUUGCUAGCGGCGCGAGCUCCAACUACCUCGACCGGCGGUGCUGGGAUGUGAGCCAGAUCCUAAGCAAGACGCAGUUCGACCCCGUUGUGCACGCAGGUGUUGCCGAGGACGAAGGGGACGAGAUUGGCGACGAGGACUUUGCCUUUUGGUUCGGCGACCUCAACUUUCGCCUCGAGGGCCUGCCCGGGGACGAUAUUAGGAGGUUGUUGACAUUGCACACGCGCGGCGAAUACGACGUGAACAGCCAUCGGUCACCUGCGCCCUUGGACGGCCAUGGCUUCAUCAUCAUGAAAAGCUGCGAGAGUGACGAUGAUACGAGCACCACCACCUCGCUCCAUUCCCGAGACCAGAGCUUUGACUCCAAGAGUUCCCUGCCCGACCCGGACGAUUUCCCCGAAGAUCCAAGCCAGGACCCGACGUCCCUGCAGUCAACCCUAGACUCUCUCCUCCCUCAUGACCAGCUAAGGCGGUUGAUGGCGCGGCGGAAGCUCUUUCAUGACGGCUGGAGGGAAGGCCCCAUUACCUUUUUACCUUCGUACAAGUAUGAUGUGGGCACCAUCGGCCUCUUCGACUCGAGCGAAAAGCAGCGCGCUCCGAGCUGGUGCGAUCGCAUUCUUUACCGUACGCGCAAGGACAAGCGGGGCUAUGACCAACAAAUCGAGGACGAAAAGGUAGCCAAGCAAAAGGACGACGAGAUGAAGUCCAGGGGCCUUGAAGAAGACGACGACGUCUUGUUCAGCUACGACCCGGACACUGACAGCGAACAGCAGCCUAAAGGAAGCCCUGGGAUCGACUAUGACGAGUAUGACGAGACGAUGGAGGACCGCGAACCCGACGAAAUGGUAACAAAGGAUGGCUCUGUAGAUCACAUUCAUCAAGAUAUCUAUACGUCUCACCAGCGCAUCACUUCAUCUGAUCACAAGCCAAUCAUCUCCGUCUUCACACUAGAAUACGAUGCCGUCGUGCCGGAGCUCAAGGCCCAGGUCCACGCCGAGGUUGCUCGCGAACUCGACCGGGCGGAGAACGAGGGUCGGCCCGGCAUCACGAUCGUAGUGGAAGGAGGAAAGGGGCACCUCGAGGGUGCCAUCGACUUUGGCGACAUUGGAUUUCUCGAGACGGUAUCAGCCGUCGUGACCAUCGCCAACACCAGCGGCGUGCCCGCGAGCUUCGCCUUUGUCGAGAAGCCGACGACAGACGAGGGCGAGCCUGCCACUGCAUCCUGGCUGACGACGUCGUUUAUCCAGGCCGACGAAGAUGCGACGGACAAUCUCGGCAAGACCGUGACUCUCGAACCGGGAGAAACCGUGCUGGCGCACAUCGAGGCCCAAGUCUCCGCCAUUUUCCAGCUUCGAGCUCUCAACGACGGUCAUGUCAAGUUGGAAGAUAUCCUGGUGCUGCGCGUUGAAGACGGCCGCGACCACUUCAUCCCUGUGCGAGGCGCGUGGCUCCCCACGUGCUUCGGCCGCUCCAUGGACGAGCUGAUACGCGUCCCGGACGGGGGCAUCAGGAAAUUCGCGCGAGACAGAGGGCUCAAGGGCGCGAUACCCUACGAUCUGGACGUGCACUGCUCGGCGCCAAAGGAGCUGUUCAAGCUUACAGAGGUGGUGCAGACGCUGGCCGAGCGAUGCGUCGCAGAUGAGGCCAUGCUAGAAGACAUGGAGCUGCCUCGUGAUCCUGGAUGGCCGCUCGACGCUUCCACCUGGGUUCCUGGGCUCGUGGAGCAGAACUCAGUCAAGGCCGCGAUUGUGGCGGCAUUGGACACAGACACACCCAUAGUCGAGGCUCUGCCGGUAGAGCUGUCGUCGGCGCACAGGCUUGAACUUGUGUCGUCGGCGUUGCUUCUCUUCCUAGCCUCCCUCACCGACGGCCUUGUACCGCCGCACCUGUGGGCAAAGCUAUGGGCUUCUCUCCCGAGUCUCACGGCGUUGCCCUACACGGCAUGGCCUGGCGUCCGAUCUCAGGUCUUGGACAUACUCGCGACCGCCCCGAACCACAAUAUCGCCUUUGUCUUCUUGACGGCAACGGUUUCCCGGGUAUCAGCAGAGCUUAGUCCCGGGACGCCAGAGGGAUCCGGUUUGUCCGGGCUGUCGCGACGGCUCAGCUUCCGGAGAGGCGACGAGGACGGCUCAAAGAAGAGACGUACCAGAGAAAGGAGGUAUGCAGAGAUUCUGGGGCCUCUGGCGUUCCGGGCAAACGACAAGGACAAGGCGUUGAAAGACAAGGAGCGCAUCGUCAUCGAGAUGUUCCUCAGCCGCGAGGCGAUUGGCUAG